AUGCGUCGCGAAUCGGAAGACAGCCAAAACCCUGCAGCCAAACACAACCCGAAACAGUAUUCGAAGAUUCUUCAACUAAAAAACAAUGGGAAACUUGUACAAGCAAGUAUUUAUGGCCGUGUAAUUGUCCAAUUGAGUGUUGGUUAUAUCAUAUAUGGCUACAGUUUCCAGGCUAAGAUUAAUGUUUGCUUUUAUAAGGUGAUGAUGAUAUGGCUUAGUGUGGCAACUGGAAAAUCUUCGGUCAUAUUAGUAAAGAUUGCUAGCACAACAGAUGUCAAUUUUGAAUGGUUAAAGCUUUUGAGUUUUGCUAUGUAUAUUCGGGUUAAGCGUAACAAAACAACUUACUUCAUCCAGUGCGAUCCAACUGAGAAAACUCUGGAUAUCAAACAGAAAUUGAAUGCCCUCAUUGAUCAACCAGUUAAUGAUCAGCGGUUGAUCUUAGUUGGAACAGGGGAAGCAUUGGAGGAUUCAAAGUCGCUGGCAGAGCAGAAGGUGGAAAAUGAUGCUGUUGUGGCACUAACCUUAAGAAAAGAUGACAAUGAAUUUGAGGAUGUCAACAUUGUGCAGCCAAAUGAUUUUUACCAGUCUCGUGAUGCAGAUGGUGCAAAUUGGUGA